UUUGUGUGGAUAGAUGAAGGUUGGGUUGCUUCCUAGUGACAAUCAAUGGCAAAAUAAAUAGAUAUUUAAAAAAUGGGAACAUAUAAAUGUUUGCAGGAAGUGAGCAGCACAAACAGCACAUUUUUGUGUGGUCCGUGGAGCACCAGGCCAAGAUCAAGUCUCUGACAGACUACAUGCAGAACAUGGAGCAGAAGAAGAGACAGCUGGAGGAGAGCCAGGACGCUCUGACUGAGGAGCUCGCUAAGCUGCAGGCUCACGAGAAAAGACACGAGAUGUCAGGAGAGGAGAAGGAGGAGGAGGACAUCGGCAGACACGAUGGGGACAGGGACAUAAAGAAAACUCUGGAGGAGCAGCUGGAGAACCACAGAGAGGCUCACCACAAACAGCUGAGCCCACUGAGAGACCAGAUCAAAGACGAGCAGAGGAUGCUGGACGACCUCACGGAGCUGCUGAAUGAGCAGAGGGAGCAGGCCGGAGAGGACCUGGAGGGUCAGGGUACCAAGGCCAAAGAGCUUCAGACUCUUCACAACCUGUGGAAACUCUUCGUCCAGGACCUCACCACGAGGGUCAAGAAGAGUGCAGAGCUGGACUGUGAGGAGGGACUUGGAAAUGUGGUUCAGAAACAGAAGAUCUCCUUCCUGGAGAACAACCUGGAGCAGCUCAGCAAGGUCCACAACAGGUAA